GACUUUGCGGAGUGCCAAUUACCUUUAGCGUGUCUCAAUAAAAGCACUCACGAACCCUUUGCCCCUUAUUAAAGGCACAUAGGUCAACUAUCACUUGCUCCAUUAUAACGAAAAUAUUAAUUCAUUGACAAAUAAAAUAAAUAAUUAGUUAUGUUUUUAGUCUCAACAUUAUUGAUAAAAAAUGAAUUAAAAAAGAAAAAACAGUCGGUAUAGUUUUCCAUAAAUAUAGGGUCACUAUGUAGAAGGAAGAGAGAAUAUAAGAGAAGUCACGCUGGUGUUUCCUCUGUGUUAGAAGAAAGUGAUGGGUGUCUCAAGCAUGAAUUGCAUAAUAAUUGUCUUAUUUUUAUUUGCAUUAAGUGAAAUUCAAACGAUUGCAGGAGCAGGAACAGACACUCUGAGCUGCAACUUUCUUAACAGUCCAUGCGUUGGGAAGAAAAUAAGAUGCCCAUCUCAGUGCCCUCUUAAAUCACCCUCUGACCCAAAUGCCAAAGUUUGCUAUCUUGACUGUGCUUCUCCUGUAUGCAAAACUCAAUGCAAACAUCGCAAACCAAACUGCAAUGGUCGUGGAUCUGCAUGCUUAGACCCUCGAUUUGUUGGAGCAGAUGGAAUAGUCUUCUACUUCCAUGGAAGAAGUAAUGAACAUUUCACCUUAGUAUCUGAUCAAAAUCUUCAAAUCAAUGCACGUUUCAUUGGCCUAAGGCCUGAAGGUAGAACCAGAGAUUAUACUUGGAUUCAAGCACUUGGAAUCCUCUUUGAUUCCCACAACUUCAUUGUUGAAGCCACCUCAGCAACAACAUGGGAUGAUGAAAUUGACCAUUUGAAAUUCUCUUACAAUGGAGAAGAACUUCAAAUUCCACAAGGUUACCUCUCUACAUGGGAAAUCCAAGAUAAGCAAUUUCGGGUCGAGAGAUCAUCGAGUAGGAAUAGUGUUGUUGUUAAUGUUCCUGGAGUUGCGGAAAUGUCGGUGAAUGUUGUGCCUGUCACUAAGGAAGAUAGUAGAAUCCACAACUAUCAAAUUCCUGAUAAUGAUUGUUUUGCUCACUUGGAAGUGCAGUUUAAAUUCUACGAUCUGUCUUCGAAAGUUGAAGGAGUUCUUGGGAGGACUUACCAGCCGGAUUUUCAAAAUCCAGCUAAGUUAGGGGUGGCGAUGCCAGUUGUCGGUGGGGAAGACAGAUACAGAACUACAGCACUUCUUUCUGCUGAUUGUGGUGCCUGUUUAUUUGCUCCUAGUGAAGCUUCAAACAAGAACAUAGUGAUUGAAAGUGUCCUAGAUUGAAGAAAUGUUGUAAACAUGGGAAUGGUAUAGUUUGCAAAAGAUAAAUAUUUAAGUUAUUGGAUGUUGAACUUGUAAUAAGAUAGUUGUUUUCUGUCUUGUAAUAAAUAAAAAAUGAAAUGUUCUAUUUGUUUCUUAAAAUAAUAA